AUGGAUAAAAACAAUCCUAACAUAAAAGAAUAUAUAUUAUCCUAAUUAGGAGAAGAUCCAACUGAAGAAGCAAUAAAAUAAGUAGCUGAAAAAACCUAAGUAUUGCCUAUAUUGAUAAAAUAAUGGUUACAUUUUUACAAAAGGAAUAAUCAAUAAUCAAAUGGUUUUGAAGUAUCAUCACAAAAACUAGAAAGUGUGCCAAAAUUUAAUGGAAAAUUUGAGUAAUUUUAUGAAGUUGAAGAUCCAAAUUAUGAACUUAAACAGAAAAAAUAAUUUUAAUCAGAUAAUCAUUAGAAAUAUGUGUCUUAGGAAGAUAAAACAAUAGAAAAGUAAUUAAAAGAAGUAGAAAAAGAAAUAAAAAAGAGAAAAAAAUUACUAAAAACAGAUAAAAAAUAAACAGAUUCUUAUUUUAAUGAACUUUAUAUAUCAGAUGAUAUAAAUUAUGAGUAAAAAAUGAAUGAAAAAUAGUAAUAUAACUUAAAAGAAUAAUAUAUUAAUGUGCCAAUCUAUUAUAUGAUUAAAUUAGAAGAGAGUUUGAUGGAACAAGCAAUUAAUAUUCAUUAAAAAAUAGUAAAGAUAAUUGAAGCAAAAUAUGAUUAUCUUAAUUUAUUAUGA